AUGCCCGUUUGGCAAGAAGCAGGAGCAGGGCAACCUGUGUAUGGAUAUUUGGAUUGGUGUACUGUAGAGUAUAUAAAUAUGUUAGAGAUGUGGGAGCAAGUGAAACUGCAUGGGCACAUGGGGAAAGUAUAUCUUAAAGGAGUAGUAAAUGAGGAGUUACUGGAUAUAGACAGGGAUGCUGAUCUGUUAAGUUUGUGUGAUAAGGUACCCCUUUCUUAUAAGAGAGUGGUGCUGAUUUAUGUACAACACAUUGAAGAGGAAGGUGUUGCAGUGAAUGAGGAUUGUGAAGAGGUAGCUGUGGCAUUGAAUGAGGAUAGUGAGAAUAUUGGGCCUGGAGUUGAAGACUGGGUUUCAAGUGAUGAUGAUGGGCCCCUGAACAAUGAGGGUAGUAGGGCUGAUAUAGGUGACACUGAUGUGGAAGACAGUGAAGAUAGUGAAGAAGAAGACAAGGAAGAGGACCCUGAUUUUGUUGACAGUGCUUAUGAGCAGAGUGAAAAUGAAUCAGUUAAUGGUAGUGACUGGGUUCAAGUGAAGAAAUUGGUUGAUGAGCAUGAUUGUGGGACAGUUGAUCACAACUUUCAUGCUAACUCAACAUGGUUAGCUCACAGAUAG